AUGGGCAAGCGCGGUGGCGGUAGGAAGGGUGGCGGCCGUGGCGGCAGAGGUGGACCAGCUCGUCCUCGCGACAAUCGCGACUUUCGCUUCAGCAAGCAGGAUAUCCCCCGACAGAAUGAAAGGUUCGAAAAGUACUACAACCAACUUGGCAUACUGCCAGCUGAUGAGAAGGAUGCCUUCUGGGAGGCUAUGAGGAGAGAUCUUCCCAACAGCUUCAGAUUCACGGGCUCGCGAGAACAUGCGCUCGCAGUCCAGCAACGGCUCAAAGACUACUACAUCCCCGAGAUCACCUCCAUAACAUACGAAGGCCAGUAUGUCGACGCCCCGCGACCGGUCGAGUGGUACCCCGAGCAACUGGCCUGGUUCAUGACCACUCCGAAGAAUGUCAUCCGCCGAUUCAAGCCUUUCGCCUCCUUUCAAAAGUUCCUCGUGGCCGAGACCGAUGUAGGCAAUAUAACCCGACAAGAGGUGGUUAGCAUGAUUCCGCCGUUGGUCAUGGAUCUGAAACCAGGAAUGUCGGUGCUGGAUCUUUGUGCUGCGCCGGGCAGCAAAUCCGCCCAGCUGAUCGAGAUGAUACAUGCCGGCGAGGAAGAAAGAUGCAGGCGCGUCGCUUCCAAUCCGGACCUGGAUAGCCCACCAGGCGAAGACUUUGCAGACGACGGUCGAUCGACAGGUUUACUCGUCGCCAACGACGUUGACUACAGGCGAGCACAUAUGCUGGUCCACCAGAUGAAGCGUCUAAGCUCGCCCAAUAUCAUCGUCACGAAUCACGAUGCCACAGUGUAUCCGUCCAUCAAAAUCGCUUCACCACCGACAACGGAGGGCAAGCCGGUACCCAAUCGCUAUCUCAAGUUCGACCGCAUUCUGGCCGAUGUACCGUGCUCCGGCGACGGCACGGUGAGGAAGAACAUGGAGAUCUGGAAGAAUUGGUCCCCGAGCAAUGGCCUCGGGCUCCACGCGACCCAAGUCCGGAUUCUCGUCAGAGCCCUCCAGAUGCUGAAAGUUGGGGGCCGGGUGGUAUAUUCGACCUGCAGCAUGAAUCCAGUCGAAGACGAGGCUGUGCUCGCAGAAGCUAUCAACCGCUGUGGUGGUGCCCAGUGGGUCCAGAUCCUCGAGACGAAGGACUUGUUGCCCGGCUUGAAGCGCUCUUCCGGGCUUCGUGAAUGGAGUGUCAUGGAUAAGGCUGGCCGGAUCUGGAAAGACCAUUCCUCUGUGCUACAGCAUAGGGAGGAGCAAGGGGCAGAUGAUGCACUUAAUAGAUUGUCAGAGGGCAUGUUUCCCCCCAAAGAUGAGUUGCCUCUCGAUCGAGCCAUGCGUGUCUAUCCUCAUCAACAGGACACGGGAGCUUUCUUUAUCGCCAUCUUGGAAAAGAAGUCGGAGAUCAAAGCCAAGCCAGAGGAGAAGCAUUCAAUCGCUCCCAAGGUCGAAAUUUCAGGAGCCCCCAAGGUCGAGCUUGAGGCCAACUCUGGUGCUGCCGUGGAGAGCGGGAACGGCAUCGCCAACGGCGACGGCACCGCGAAUAACACCGCCAGAGAGGACUCCGCAACGCUCACGAAGCGUAAGCGCGAGGACGACAGCGAUCAGGACGGCAUUACUUCGCCGCUCAAGCGAGUUAAAAGUGAAGAGAACCUUGAAAGCACCCCCUCCAGUCUCCCAUCGGCAGCCUCCAUUACCGACUCACUCCCUCAACAGCCUACAAAGGCCACACAGCCACCGUCUAACCCCAACAAGAAGAAUCGCAAUCAACCCUUUGAAGAGCCGUUCAAAUACCUCUCCUCGACCCUCCCGGAGAUAAUGCGAAUCCGCGACUUCUACAAUCUUUCGCCUCGUUUCCCGCUCACCCGCUUUAUGGUCCGGAACCCUGACGGUACGGCCACGAAGAACAUCUAUUACACCAGUGAACUCUCCAAAGAAAUCCUACAGGAAAAUGAAGGCAAGGGGUUGAAAUUCGUACACGCCGGCGUGAAGAUGUUUGUCAAGCAAGAUGCCCCUUCUCCUGAAGUUUGUCCGUGGCGGAUACAGACUGAUGGACUGAGAUUGUUGGAGACGUGGGUCGGGCCUGAGCGAAUCGUCAGACUGAGGAAGAAGGAGACACUGAGGAAGUUAUUGAUUGAGAUGUUUCCAAAAUUCAACGGCGAAGAAGGGGAGCAACUGGGAGAAGUAGGCGAGCAAGUCAGGAAACUGAGCAUGGGUUGUUGUGUUUUGAUCGUCGAACCGACCGAAACCGACGAGAACGCGGCCGAUGGAGAGGGCUUGAAAGAGAGGAUGGUCUUUCCGCUAUGGAAGAGCAUUCAAAGCUUGAACCUCAUGCUGCCCAAGGAGGACAGAAAAGCCAUGCUGUUGAGACUGUUCAAUGAGGAGACCCCGCUUGUCAAUAUGAGCAAGGGAUGGACGGACGCUCAAAAGGAGAAAGGCACAACGGGUAAUGGGAAAGAUGAGGACGAAGUCAGUGGGAACAGAGCCACGGUCACAAAUGCUGAUGCCGCUGGUGCUAGCCUGAUUGACAUCCUGGAGGAAUCAGUGGAUGCAAGUCUGAGACGAAAUAGCUCCAGUCCCGAGGUCGAGCCUGUGGAUGAUGCUGGGCCAGUCGUGGAAGUUGACGCAGAUGAUCUCACGGCGGACGUUGGGUCAGACGGGGACGACAACGAGGCUGGAGGCGUGGCACUGCCGGAAACAAGAUGA